ACGCACAUCCGCCAAUUUUGAGUUGCUAUAUUUAUUUUGAAAGCGUCAAACCGCACCGAAGAAAAAUGAAUAGAAAACGCUUGCGACAUUUUACAAAUUAAAACUUUCUUACAAGGUGUAUGUAUAAAUAUCUUUAAUUAUUUAAUUCCCUACGUUAGUUUAAUUAAUUAGCUAAGCAGCCAGCUCGUGCAGGUCUGACAUGACUGGCUCAGUCGUCAAAGAAUUCGCCACUUCCGACGAUGAGGUGUAUCUAAAAAAGUUGGGCUACAGUAUAGGGACGACCAUUGGCGAAGGAUCGUAUGCUAAAGUCAAAAGUGCUUACAGCGAGAAGCUUCAGAAAAGGGUAGCUAUGAAAAUUAUAAACAGACGCAGCGCGCCAAAAGAUUUCAAAGAGAAGUUCCUGCCCCGGGAGCUGAAAUGCAUGAAGGCUGUCAAUCACAUAAACGUCAUCAAACUGUAUGAGAUCAUCGAGUUUGAACAGAAGGUGUACAUCGUGAUGGAGCACGCAGGUCACGGUGACCUACUGGAAUACAUCAAACUUCGUGGUGCCAUCCCCGAGGACAGGAGCCGUGUGAUGUUCAGACAAAUUGUUGACGCCGUCUCGUACCUGCACGGUAUACAGAUAGCCCACAGAGAUCUGAAGUGUGAGAACCUGCUGCUAGACUACCAGAACAACAUCAAGGUCUCAGACUUUGGCUUCUCGCGCUACUUCGAGGAGCCAGCCAUCAGCAAGACCUUUUGUGGCAGCGCCGCCUACGCCGCCCCUGAGAUCCUACAGGGGAUCCCCUACUACAUCCCUCUACAUGACAUCUGGGCUAUGGGGGUCAUACUCUACAUCAUGGUAUGUGCCUCUAUGCCAUACGACGACUCCAAUGUCAAAAAGAUGAUUCGCGACCAGCUUGAGAAAAAAGUUUCGUUUUCCAAGUCAAAACCCGUGUCCAGGGAAGCAAAAGAUCUAAUAUGUCACAUCUUGGAGGUGAAUGUCAAGAGGCGGUACACCCUCGCCAAUAUCCUGGCCCACCCCUGGAUGAACCCUGACGCCCCGCCCCUCCCCAACGAGGACUCCGCUGGUCAAUGACAGUCCUAUCUGUUGACCGUGUGACGUCACUGAUGUAUUUUGCCGAGCUGAUGGCCACACCUGGAGUUGCUGUAUGACAGAUGCCUGACAUGAUGUAUGACAGAUGCCUGACAUUUAUAUGACAGAUGCCUGAUAUGUGUAUGACAGAUGCCUGACAUGAUGUAUGACAGAUGCAUGACAUGAUGUAUGGCAGAUGCCUGACAUUUAUAUGACAGAUACCUGGCAUGCGGUAUGCCAGAUGCCUGACAUGAUGUUUGACAGAUGCCUGACUAAAGCGGAUGCCUUUCAUCCGCCAUGCAUGAGAGAAGCGUGUAUGUAGUGUUAUUGAAUGGGGGUAAUCUGUUUUCAUGGUUUUCCCGACUUAUAACCAAUUAUGUAAUCAAAGAUUAUGUCAUUAUUUUUGAAUUGUAAGAUCCGUUUUUGAGGUUCCUUAUUUCGUGAUGUAAUUACAAAUGCUAAUUAUUUGGAUGGCGAGAGACAAAGGGAAAUAAAUGUCUGUUAAA